UACUGGACCAAAAAAAAAUAAAGUAUUUUACUGUCCGCAAUAUCGAGGUGUCCUUUGUUUGUAGAGGGGUGUCCGUAAGGCGAGAGUUGACUGUAUUUCCUGUUUCAUUUUUGCUGGUUGAUCACCCAUUACGAUCGUAUAGCCGCCUCCUGGACUCACUCCAUAGUUACUCGGUGACACAACUGUGUAACCUCCACCUCCAACCCCACCGGGUUGUACAACAGUAGAUUCAAGGAUUCCAGAGCACGGAGUCACGUGUCAGUAGAAAACCAAGAAGAUUUGUUAUUAAAAUUGUAUAUGUACAUAUUCAUUAGGACAACAAUGUGUGGUGUUAACAAACAAAGCCUUAUAAUCUGUUUUCAUAUCUGAUUUGACUCGAAAUGUGUGCAUACACGUACUCUCUUAACUGAUUAUCGAUGAACAAAAUGGCGUUGCGAGACGAAUUUCGAGUGUCUAUGUUCAAAUUAAACCACGACAAGGCUCGAGACUUCGCUGAAUCACCCUGGAUGCCUUGGUAUUUGCUAGCCGUGUUACGCCUCAUAUUUGCUGCCUACUGCACUGGGUGGAUCAUCGCUAGUGGUUUCUUUAAASUCAACGGAGGUGCCAAAUGGUUCAUAUUUUUGACAAACUGGGGAUACUUCACCGUCUCCUGCGUUCUAAUUCUGGCCUCGGUGGUCACCCUGUGGUACCACUGCAAGGGAAAAAAUCAAGUCGACCUUCCCACGGAGAUGAAGGCUCCUUCAGAUCCCGAAAGAGAAAACACUGGAUACAUCUUCCCCCCAAGAUGGCACCAUAAGACAUUGUGGGUGCUGUACAGUAUAGGUGCUAAUAUAGCCAUAGCGAUAACGCUCCUGUAUUGGAGCCUUUUGGCAGCGAAUUACACUGGAGCUGAGCUUGGCCUUGACAUAAGUACGCAUGCUCUGAACAGUGUGUUCAUGGUAUUGGACAUACUUUUGUCUUCGAUGCCUGUAAGGAUUUUCCAUAUGGUCUACCCCAUGGCGUUUAGUAUUGUUUAUAUGAUAUUUACAAUAAUAUUCUGGGCAGCUGAGGGCACUAAUCCCGUCAACCAUAAGCGCUACAUAUAUUCAGUUCUAGAUUACAGUAAUAAUCCAGGGUUGGCUGUGGGGUUGUGUCUUGGUGUCGUUUUCGCAAUCGUACCGUUGAUUCAGCUCUUUAUUUAUGGAUUGUACAGGUUAAGGGAAUUUGUUGUUGGAAAACUGAAGUCUUAAAUGCUCGUUAAACGUAUGAGGCAUGUCUAGGCGAUUAAAGCAUGCGAUAAAACCAAUUCCAACUUUUGAAUUUUGUUUUGAAUAAGAACUAUUGUAAUGCAUCAGUCUAUUAAGGACCCCAACCCCUGAUGUUAAAAUCCCGGCAUUUCCCGGCCAAUAAUCUAGACGUUAAUUCCCCUGCCUUUUAAGUUGAUUGUGUUGUUGAAACAGUGUUAAAUGCCCGGCUAUAAUGUGUUAAUUCCCCGGCCACUUCCCGGGGUUUUAUCUAAAAUGUUGUCACUAUGUAGUAUUAGUAAUUUGCGUUUCUAGUAAAGCAAGAAAGAUGGACGCUUUGAAUUUUUUAGCAUACAGAGAGUGUGUAUAGUUUUAUACUGUACUUUUUGUUUUAUAGAAUUAGGUUUGUUCUUUGUACUAUUUUAUAUUAUUAUUAUUUUAUUAAAAAUGAGUCU